AUGGUGGUUUGGAUUUUAGAGGAAUCGAUGUGGUGGUUACCUCCUUUUGUGACGACAAAACAAAUGAUGUACUAUCUUAGAGGUAGUAACUUCAUGUUAAAGCAGAGUUGUAGUGGCAUAAAUAAUGUCAUAUCAUCAAAACUAUUCAUAAAUAAUAGCAAAUCGACGUUUGGUAUUGGAUAUUCAUCAUCGACAUCAUCAACACUACCACCACCACCACCACAUCAAUUUUUAAAUAAUAUCGUUAAUGACAAAGUUAAUGUUUUUGUAAAUAGUGGUGGUAGUAAUGGUAGUAGUGGUAAUAACUCAUAUCGAUCGAAAAUGGGAACAUCAUCGUCAUCGUCAUCAACUCUACUGUCGAAUAGUAUAUCUUCAAUGACAGACAGUUCAUCGAUGGAGUUGAAAAAGAAGGUUAUGAUUAUCAGUGGUGCAACCGGUAUUGGUAAGUCGGCGAUGGCACUCCAGCUCGCCAAGAAUCUGGGCGGUGAGAUCGUGUGUGCCGACUCGGUACAAAUCUACAAACAUCUAAACAUCGGCAGUAACAAAGGUCGUAUAGACGAGGUGCCUCAUCAUCUCUUUGACAUACUGGAGUUGAACGACGACUUCAAUGUCAAGCAGUAUCACGAGCUGGCAAUGAAUGCAAUCAACGAUAUUUUGGCACGUGGUAAAAUACCGAUUGUCGUGGGUGGCUGUGGUUUCUACAUCGACAGUCUCAUCAAUGGAAUCAACGACUAUCCCAUUCACAUCGAAGAGGAACGUAACACUCUCGCAAUGAUAGAGGAACGUUUAAGAGCCGAAAACAAUUGGUAUAGAGUUGCAACCAUCUUAAAAGAUAUAGAUCCAGAGUCAGCAACAACAAUUAAUAGAAACGAUUAUAAAAGAUUGGCGAAAAGCUUUUAUAUUUAUUCUCAAACCGGUUUAAAGUAUUCAGAUUUUAAGAAACAACGGAGAGAAGUAAAUGAUAGUUAUGAUUUUAGAUCUUUUUAUUUAACGACAAGAAGAGAUUCAUUGAUGCAUAUACUGAAUCAUCGUUGUGAGCUAAUGAUACAGAAUGGUUUAAUAAAAGAGGUUGUAGAGGUACUGCUAAAUGGUUUAUCUCCACACUCUCAAGUUUCAAGAUCGAUAGGUUAUAAACAAUGUAUAAAUAUAUUGCUAACACCAAUGAAUGCGACAGGCAAUUUGGUUCAAGAAGAGUCCGUCUACAAGAUGGCUUGCACUGCAUCCACUGCCGAAAGAGGUAGCCAAGUAUAUACCACAGUCGGCGGCUGCUCCGUCGCCGGAGGAGUUGAUUAA